CACAAAAUAUAUACCAGUAAAAAAAUAUGGACGAGAAGACUCCUAUCCUUCCACCUCCAGCGGUCUCUAACUGCCAAUGCCGCUGCCGGUCAGAUAAUAAGAAGAAGCGUGUAUUUAAGAGAACUGUCUUAUUUCUAGUUGGCCUUUUCGCUCUACAUGUAUUUUCCCACCGUUUCCAGUCGUUCAGAUCUGACUGGCAUAACGGUGUUGUAUCCCAGCAAUGUCAUAAUGGCGAAUUACCUAUCCAAUGGGAAGGCAAAACCAGCUACGAUGUUGACCCAGCAAAGUUUCCCAAUCUAAGCGUAUUGCAAAAUGGAUCCAUUACUGGUGGCUUUGUGAAAACAUUCACUCAAUCAGAUGACGAUUUGGCGCAUAUCAAUGUCAAUAUCCACUUUAGCGAAGACUAUCUACAAGACCAAAUUAAUAUCAUAAUCGAUGAUAGCGAAAAUGGAUAUAACUUCACUGUAGAAACACCAAAACACCUCCACCGAGAAUGUAUCAAUGUUGAGAUUACUAUCGCGCUCCCAAACUCUGCUCAGUUCAACAACCUGGCGAUUACCACAAUUAACUCCAAAAUCGAACUCAUGGAUGAUAUUUUAACGCAAGAGUCAAUCUCGCUUCAGACUGUAAAUGGCGGCAUACAUGCUGAGUAUGUAAAGACAAUUGAACUUGUGGCCAAUACAGUCAAUGGCCGUAUUUCAAUCGAGAAGGCUGAAGCUCAAACUGUUAUGUUCCACUCUGUCAAUGGAGCCAUCCAUGCCAACGUGGAUGCAGAAAAAAUUAGCACCGAGACUAUCAACGGUAGUAUUCACCUGGAAAACAUCGGUGACCGUACAGCUGUUGCAAUUAACACCCAGACUGUAAAUGGAUCCACAUAUGUUAGCGCACCCAAAAACUUUGAAGGUGCAUUUUCCUUAAAGACCAUCCUAGGCAAGCCAGAAGUUUUCUCCCAGUCAGAGUCUGACAAGCUCCAUAUUGAAAAGGCUGGUCGCAGUGCUAUUGAAGGGUACUAUGACAGCCGAGUUGAGAACUCUUAUAUCUCUUCGGAAACCCGUCUGGGUUCUAUCACUCUGAAGUUCGACUAAUGCUAUGUUAUCCAUUAUUGAGCUCUGUAUAAAUAAAAAUUAUAUGCCUCUUUGCCAAAAUCCCCCAAAAUAUUGCUGCUUUAAAA